ACAUAACAAAAUAUUUGCAAAAAUGUUCGUAGAUUAUCAUUUUUGAGUGAAACGGAGUAAAAUACAUUACGUUCCAUGGCAGGGUAUCCCACGACGUCAUUUACCUUAUAUGGAAAACAUCCUGAAGAGGCGGAGUGCUGAUGGGAAAUACUCUGUGCAGUGUAGAUACAGCAUUAUGUAAAGAUACUUCGAGAAAGGUUCAGUGUUUUUUCAAAACAACAUAAACUUUUCUGUUUACAAACAUAUUAAAUUAUAUUAUUAGUUCUAAUGUUACUGUAUUAUUAGGUCUAUACUGUAUCCUAAAUACAAUUGGUUUAAUGACAUGGAAUUGAAAACUAUUUGGCCCAGACAUCAAAUAUGUUUCACGUUUAGACUAUGUUUACCUUUGCACUUAAUGUUGUUAGAUUUCAUACUUUCUGCGGAACACAGAAGACAUUCAUUGCCUUGGGUUGUGUUCGUACCUUUGAGUAAUGAAAGGCGUGUCGAAUGAAGGGAGGAGUAACAGAUUUCCAGUGUGAACUGGCUUCACACGUUUAAUGAGGGAUUCCUUUGUAAUAAAAUGCUGAGUUCGCCUCUCAGCUUUGCGUAUUGCGUCACCAAUAAGUAAUCACAUGAUGUAAGAUUUCAAACAGUCUAAAUGUAGGCCUGUGCAUUUUUAAAAACGUGAUGUACAUAUUAUUAUUAUUAUUAAAAUAUAUUAAUAUUAUUAUUAUUAACAUAUAGGCCUACUAUAUUGUGUUAAAAUUAAAGUCCAAGCUAAUGUUUGGAUUUCCUAUAAAUUGCGCAUAUUUAGUCUUGUUUUAUUAAUGUUCUGCCAGGGGCUACGGGUAAACAUGACUGAAGGUAGUUUGUUAUUGAUUAACAAACGAAAACAGCUCUAUCAGCGUUCCCAUGUGAUGUCAUGUUUUACUGCUCUACUUUUGUGUUUGUGUUUUGUUUGAUCUUCCGCGUUGUCUUAGCGACGCCCCGCCCACUGACGUCACUGCAACCCGAGCCUCUGCAAAAGCGCUCUGAAGUUUCGCCUUUCAACAACGAAAGUCUUCUAUCAAUAUUUAGUGUAAAUAAACGUAAUUCUUUGAUUAUGUACACUUUAGGUGUAGCGAGAGAUUCCAGUUUGAAAAUGUGGUUAUUUUUAAAGCAAGAAGUGUUAAGAAACGACAUUGAUUUUUCAUUUUUAUCUUCACAUGUUCAUAUAACUAUAUGCCUUUGACUGUUUUACUGUUUAUUUCGCCAUUGUGUGCAAGGUCACGAGACCACAGUGUGUAAAUAUCUAGUUUUUUAAUAAUUAAUUAGGCCUAUUUACUGUAAAAAGUCAUGCUAACAGAACCCUGUGAUUAUUUAAGAAACCUAACAACAUAUUUAAUAAAAGAAGAUGUGCUGAAAAAAAUAAAACACUUUAAUGUCCUUGAAUAAUAUUCUAAAGAUGAUGAUGUCAUUAUGAGUUUGGACAGAGGACAGGCCGAUCAUGGGAUACUCGUGGAGAAAGAAGAAGAAGAAGAAGAAUAUAGUUACUGGAAUUUGUUUUUAAAAUUAUAUUUUAUUAAAAUAAUAAUUUAUAAAUAAUACUUUUAAAAUGUUGGUGAUAGGUCCAUAUGACCCUAUUCCGUUCAUGAGACUCACAGAUCAGAAACCAGGGGCGGAUCUGCCGGGAAACACUUGGACUGUGGACAGAAGGGAGGCCCCGCUCACGCGCCCUCGUGUGAAAGCAGGAUUACCUCAUCUGAGCUAUGAAUAGAGAUUUUCACACAGGUUAUGGAGAAGAACAACGGCAUUUUCUUCCAGUUCAAGUGUUAAAUGAAGCAUAGAAAGCCUUUGAUUUUUUUUGUGCAGAUCCUAAUAAACAGGUUAGACAGAAUAAUAGCUUUAUGAAAUAGCCAACUUUCAUGAAAAAAGCUAAAAACACAUACUAAGAUAUUUUGGGUACUUGGCGAAGAUGUCGUCAUAAGAAUGUCAUUGAAUUAAGUGUGAUAUGAUAAAAAUAGGCUGUGCCGCAGUAGCGCUGCAGCUAGAGGCUCCACACCGGAUAUUCCAAAUAUGGCCAAGACACGCUGCUCUCUGAUUGGCUGCUCACAUUAGCGACAGGGUUGUUGCUGGAGCGCUCUGAGUGGGAGAUCCAUCAUUCUAAUUGACAAGGGAUACGAAAAAUCACAGUUUUUAAUAGAAAAGGGCGCGGUUGAAGUAUCACAACAAUUAUUUCAAAAUGUUAUAUUCUUUUUUGGUCAUUUUGCAUACUCGGUUCAUACAUUAAUGAUGUGUCUAUUUCUCAUAAUUAUAUUCUUUGUGAGACAAUCAAGCACUCGCAGAUGAACCAAGAUUUAAGCCAUGUAAAUCUCUAUAAUGUGCAUAAAUCGUAACCUCACAGAGGAAUGCGAAAGAUAGGCUGCAAACAAAGCACGUAAAAUGACGUACUUGUUCAUUCAUGUGAAAGCUGCAGCGUUAUAACUUAACAAAACCACCUAACUUUACGCAUUAAGCACUUUUAUUUGAAUGCAUAAAAUGUUGACUUAAAAUGAGCAUCAUUUUGUGCCAGGGAUAUUUGUAAAAUGCCGUAUAUAUAUUUGGCUCGUGCUUAUCUGUCUCCCCUCCGGAUCAGUGGUACAGUCUCACAGAUUUCAUUCAUAAAAAUCUGCCUCACUAUAAAGAGAAGCAGCGCUGAUGGCUGGUGCCUCCUAGCGUAGUAACCUCAAUCUAGAUUAAAAAAAAAACCCCUGCAGAAUAGCAUUUGUUGACAUUAGUCACAUAUUGAUCUGGUUCCCAGCAUCUCCUGGAGCGAUCUAGCAGAAGUGAUGCCUAAAAACGCGAGUGUUUCUCAGGUGUCUGCAGAACAGCUGCUGCACACAUCAGCUGCUGAGAUGAAGGAUACGCAGAAGACAGGUAUUCUGAAGGAUGCUGAUGCUCCCUUUGUUCCAACGGUCACUGCUGUAGCUUCAGCUCCAGAUCUCAAGUGGAUGGUCCUGUCGACUGACAUCUCUUCAGUGUCGCCCUGCAGACACGAGAAAACACAGAGCUCAUCUCACUCAACAGAUGCCAAACCAGCUCGAAAGACCUUCACUGGCCGGAGAAAGGGGGUGAAAGAUCAGCUUUCUCCAGAGGAAGAGGAGAGGAAGAGGAUUAGAAGAGAAAGAAAUAAACUCGCAGCCGCUAAGUGUCGAAAUCGUCGGCGAGAACUAACCAACAGUCUCCAAGCUGAAACUGACAGUCUCGAGGAGGACAAAGCAGCUCUGCAGUCUGAGAUCGCCAGUCUGUUAAAGGAGAAAGAACGACUCGAGCUCAUCCUUUCUGCUCACAAACCCCACUGUAAACUCACGGAGGAGACAGCAGCGGAGACCGAGGAACAAACCCAAGCCCAGGACGAGCAGAAUCAAGCUCCCACCGCCUCCCCAGAACAGGUGCCCACCUCCCCUCAGCAGGUCGACCCCACCAGCACUGCGAUCUUUGGGGACUCUGACGUCCUUCUGUGUUCCAGUGCCGAACUGGGUGCCGCUGAGGUGGAACCGUACAUCGAUAUGAGGGAUGUGUCCAUGGAAGACAUUAGCGACGUGAUAGACAGCGGCGAUGACAUGGAUCUGUUAGUGCCAGAUAUCGACCUCACUAGCUCUCUGGGCCUGAGUGAAUGGGAAACCCUGUACAUGUCAAUGGGGGGCGGGUUAGAACCUCUCAGCUCGCCUACAUGCAGCCCCACCUGUAGCAGCACCAACGCUGUGCCCGUCUUCAGCUUCAGCAAUGCAGAUGUGGAGAAGCAUGACACUGGCAAACCUAAUGCAGCCAAAGAAAUCUUGAAGACUUUAUGAAGGUUCUGGCACAUCACUCUUAAAAAUAAAGGGUUUUUUUUCCCCAGUGACUAACUUUUUAGUUCCCCAAAGAACCAUUUUUUCUUAGUGUAGAACAUUUUAAAUUAUUUCCACUAUAAAGAACUUUUGCGCAUUGUAAAGGUUCCGUGGAUGUUAAAGGUUCUUCAUGGAACCAUAAAUGCCAAUAAAGAACCUUUAUUUUUAAGAGUGAAAUAUUCUGAGGAAGAAGGGUGUGAAAUAUAUCUGUCCAUGAACCGAAAACCCCUCAGAAAAAUGCUUUCAUAAAUGAGUCUGACAUGUUCAACAUUUACAAAAAAUAGUGAAUGCUGUGCAGUAGAUGUAAUGUGAUCUUUACAUCCAGUGAAGUCACUAUAGUCACUGUUUGUUUCUUCCAGAUGUUGACAUUGUUGAAUAUGUUGUUCAUCCUGUGAAAGACAUGCUUUCAUGCACUUUUGUACCAGUAGGUACGUGUAACUGUAUCAGUUGAUGUGGUGAUGUACAGUGCAGUCCGUUACACCGUGUCUAAGUGUGUGACUAACUGUUUUUUGGUAUUGUCAAAAUGUAAUCCUGACCAUGGUGGCAAAAAAAAAAAAUAUAUAUAUAUAUAUAUAUCAUUAUGCAUUUUUUUUGUUCUUCCUGCUUCCUUUUCAGUGGUCUGGCAUGUUUCUAAUAAACAAAGAAUGAAUAUUACAAUUAAAAAACGUAUGGAUGUAUUUUUUUUUUUUUUUUUUUUUAUCAGAGUGAGGCUUCUUUUCUCUUCUGGGUUAAAAAGGCAGAAUUUAAACCCUCUCAUUCAAGCGCAUUCUUUCAUUUGCAUGAAAUGUCUGCGAGGAAAUUCGUUUCGAAUAAGGAAAACAUUCACCCACGUCUAUUAUCUGCACAUUAUCAUUUCAUCAAGUUAUUAUUUAUAAUUAUCAUCAAGUUUCGCGAUCCAUCUAUUUUUAAGGUUUCUGUGCAACGAGAUUCACCCACGACGAUUUGUCGAUAUUGAGGUUGUAGGUUGUUGUCAUGGUUGGAACGUUCUCUCUACGCCUGGGACGCAACGUAAAGCGUCUGACGUCAAUGCGUAUUUGCACGCCACGCAGGUUUUUUUGCUCUCGGGUUCACUUCCGUGUCCAUAUUUGGUAAUAAAAAUGGCAUGUUGUUUUAGUCUCUAUGGAAACAGUGGGAGUCCUGUUUCACCAAUGAAUGUUUUCCCGGAAGAUCUAGUAGAGAGAGGAGUGGAGCUCUCGGUAGGUUACGGGAACUGUUUUGUUUCGCAAACGUUUUGCAGGAGUUGGUUCUGGUAUCCAGCGUACAUUUUAAACAUUUAAUGCGUUCAUAUACAACCCGAAACCGUAUGUUUGAAUAAAAUGGCCACUGCUCCGUUGCAAAGUUUUAAUAAUAUCUAUGAAAGAUAAAUGAAAACAUUGUGUUAAAACCCUCUUACACACAAGUGUACUACCCGCAAUGUCAAACACUGCGCAGUCUUCAUUUGAGCUUUUAAACGCAUGUUUUUAAAUUAAGAAUUAUUAAUAAGAGCUACAUUAACUGUAGAAAUGCGUAUCUUUGUGUUUGGUUAACGUUAGUAUACAGUGAGGUCCAAAAGUCGAAGGCCACUAGUGAAAACGAUUCUAUUUUGCAUUAAGUUCUGCAGUUUAAUAGACUAAUAUUUACAAAAAAUGUUCAUCUCAACAAUUUGAGUGAAAAGUUUAACUGAAAAAUUAACUUGGUGUGUGUUUCACUGACAAACUUACAUCAUACAAUUUAAAAAGUUCAGAAUCCUUCAGGAUAUAUUUAUAUAUAACUAUUAACUACUACAUUUGCCCUAAUAAACUCCUAAUUUACUGCUUAUUAAUAGUAAGGUAGUUGUUAAGUUUAGGUAUUGGGUAGGAUUAAGGGAUGUAGAAUAUGGUCAAUAUGGUCAUGCAGAAUAAGGCAUUAAUAUGUGCUUUAUAAGUACUUAUAAACAGCCAAUAUCCUAGUAAUAUGCAGGCAAAUAAGCAACUAGUCAAUAUGAGAAUUGGACCCUAAACUAAAGUGUUACCAUAUAUAUAUAUAUAUACAGACACACACACAAACUUUUAUGUUAUGUGGGAUUAAUCGCAAUUCAUGGAUAUAUAUAUUUGUGUGUGUGUGUGUGUGUGUGUGUGUUUGUGUAUUAUUUUAAAAUAAUCAUUAAAUCAUUGGUUAUUAAUAGUCUAUUCAAUAAUUGCUCAUAUUAUAUCAUGCCUCAGUGUUCAGCUGUAUCAUUGCUCAGACUAUCUCAGCACUCAGACAGACUGCAAUAUGAGCAGGUGAAACUCUCUUUCCCCACACAAACAGCUCAAUACAGAGAGACACACUGCUCAUGUUGCCCUUACAUACCGCGACUGCUGGCAGCGUACAAUUACAGAGUGUUCUUGGCACAAACACAAUAUAAACAUUUCAUGGAGGCCACUUUGUUCAAGUGUAAAAGGAUAAAAAGGGAAAUAAAUAUGAGUGACAGACAGACAGACAGACAGAUGAUGGUGUAUGAUUAGUUUUUUCAGGUUCAGCUCAGGAUUAGUCAACGUGUGCGGCCGCUAAUGAUUCAACUGGCCGAAAUAAAAUGAUGUCUUGCUGGACUUCUUCUUUUUUGGCAUGAUUCAGUUUUUUAGCAUAUACUGAAGUUUAUAGCCAGCCAGAUGUCUGGCGUGUCGGAUGUUCACAACAGCUUGAAUUAGAGUACUUUCUUCCUUUAUAUUUGACUUACAAAUGUUUAGAUGUUAAUGGAGUUCAUAUUUAAAUCCUGAUGUCAACUUGUAUUGAUGCAGUACAUACAAUAUACAAGGCUUUUGAUUGAUUCUUUGUUGAUUCUUUAAUAGAGAAACCAAAAGCAUCAUGCACAAAGCAACUUUUGCAGGAAUGCAAAGGCAUUAUAAAUCCAGCAUAUUUUGCCUUAGGAAAUCUUUUGCAAAUAAACAGUAUGAAAAAAUGUGGGAGCUUGAAAGCACCGUGCAGGGCUCCUCUAUUACUGAUACUGAGCGUUAUCUCCUGUUUAAGUGUGUGAAUAGUGAAUAAAUGUGCAUCGGCCAUAAUUGAAUUUUAUGUUUGUGUCUUUCCGAUUAUAUCAUAUUUCCAGAGUCGGAAAUGGGCUUGUGUUUGGAACAAUGUCUGGUUGCUGCUCAGUCUUUAUCAUUGUCUUGAGUUUAUUAAUAUGAUCAUGAAAUGCGGAAGUGUUGUACUCAGCAUUGCUCAUCAGGAUCUGAAUGUGAACGUUCAGCCAUUGAAGGAGGAAUUGGGCUCUGAUCAUGUCUGGUCACGUUUCAUGCCAUUUUUACCCUUUUGUCCUUAACAUUAGGUUUAUAUUUUUGCACUUUUUCCUGUAAUUUCUGCACUUUGUGUGAGAUCUUUAAAAUGAGCCACAUCUUGAAGUUCUUAUGCAUUAAAUUUAACUUGAGACUGAAAAGUCCAGGCCUUAUGAAUCUUGAUGAAUCUUCUGAUGAUACAAUAAUGUUGCCGGAUAAUAAAUGUGGAAGAGGAAGUUUGUCUGUGUGUAAGAGGUGAGGCACAGAGGUGAUUGUGUCUGCGGUCUGUCUGUGUAUUUCAGUGCAUGCCAGUGCAAAAUAUCCAGGAACUGGUUGGAUGGAUGGAUUUAAUCAUAUAUAUGUAUAAGCCAUACUCAUAGAUUCAAACGAGAUGCUCAUUAAACGCCCAUUUUAUUAGAUGAGUAUCCCUCUCAUGUGCCUGUGGUUGUGAUGUCUUAUUUUAUUAUUUGAGAUUAAAUCAGUUACGUAGAACAGCGGUCAUGUUAUAUUGUUUAUUUGACCAGAGAAUGCCAUGAUUGACAAGUAAAAAAAUACUUUAGAGAGUCAUGGAAUAAAAUAAUAUAUUACACACUCUUAGAUAAAAAGGUUCUAUAUAGAACCUUAAAGGUUCUGUCAGGUGCUUCAAAUAUAAUCUUUUAGGGCUUCCCAUUUUAUGGAUUUAGUUUUAAUGAAUACAUUUUGUUUUAAUUCAGUUUUAAUAAAAUUUUAACAAACAUACUUUAUCGCUAGAACAUAAAUAUACUUUAUGUUACUAGAAAAAAAUGAAAUAACCAUUAAACAUGAAUGUAUUAUGCAAAAAUUUAAGACAUUUACCCUUGUAUAGAACCUAUUUGGCAUAAAGGGUUCUUUAAAAUUGAGUUCUAGAACCCCAUUGAACCUUUUUUCUAAGUGUAGCAAAAUUUAAUAUGUUUUUUAAUGGCAAUAUAUUGUCUGCAGUAACAUUUAAAACACUGUAACUUAAGGAAAGGGAGCAAGAAAAUCAGUUAUAAACUCAUAUACUGCUAUGCUGAUAUUGCAUCUGACCUGUAGCUGUUUUUGAGAAAUGGAAAUUGUUAAACAGCAGGAGGAUGAGUGUCUUUAAAGUCUAGAGUUGGACAUUUAAGCCACACAUAAUGACAGUUGUCAUUGCAUUAGAUAACAAAGUAUCAAAGAAAGUGCCUGCACUGUAAAAAGUAAUACGCUAUAUCUACUCCGUAAAAUUUUGGCAACAGAUUGCAAGCAAUAUUAUUAAUUAAAUUCAACAAAUAGAAUUGAGUUAGAAUUAAUCAAAUUAAUUCCUUAAAUGUCAACCAUUUAAAACAUAAAAUUUAAACAAAAAUUUCUGAAUAACAGACAGGUGUCAAAGAUGAAUUAGGAACUCUUUAUUUUUUAUUGCCAGCAUUGAAGACACCUGAUGAUAACAAGCAGAAUCACUGAAGGAAAGAGAAACACAAGAAUUAACAGAGGUUUAGAUGUUGAUGUUGAUUUUAUUGAAAAUGUUUGGUCACCAUUAUGGUGAUCGGUGUUUCAUUUAGUUGGGCAGUUUGACUCUUUGAUUUUUAUGUCAUUUUGUAAUGUUUGCUAAUUUACACAUUUUAAAUAUUUGACUUUUAAGCAAUUAAUUUGAUUAAUUCUAACUCAAUUCUUAUAUGUUGAAUUUAAUUAAUAAUAUUGCUAGUAAUCUGUUGCUACAGUUUUAUUGAGUAGAUAGGGCGUAUUACUUUUUACAGUGUGUGUCUGUUUUUCUCAUAACAAACUUUACUUUUCAGAGCCAUUUUUGCCCUUUUUUUAAACUUUUAACUGGUGUAACAUCAAAAUGAUUUUGUAUGUAUGUGAAUUCAGUUUCCCUCAAAUUCAAACAGGUGUUAUAUAGCAGAGAAACCGCAGGUGCAGCUCACACCUGCAUUUCACAACCACAAACUGUCAACAGUGUUUUAUCUUCAUUCUCAACACGAUAUUUGUUAUUUUAUCAACUUUUAAGAGGUUUUCCUGCUUAGAAAUGUGUAGGCCUACUUAUAUGCUGUGUUUCUGUAAAAUAAAUGCAUUAGUUUGAUAUUUUGUUAAGCCAAAUCUUUCUGACUGUAUUCUAUACUGCAUUGGACAGUAAUGGCACAUUCACACCAAGAGUGAUAACCACACCAGCGGAUGAUAUUGUUCUGUUUAUUGCGCUGCAUUAAUUUGUUGUCUGCCGCUUUAAAUGCUUGAGCUCUUUAAAGCAGGAUGGAUUCUGAUUGGCUGUCAAUGUUCUAAAAGUGAUUCCAACGAUAUCGUUCCUCUGUGCCGUUAUUGUUAUAGUUGUGGUGUGAACUCUUCUUUUAUAUUUUAGAACUAUAUCUUUAUCAUUAUAUUAUUGUCCUUGGUGUGAACGGGCCUUAAUAGAAUACAAUCUUUAUUAAAUAUUUAUAUAGUCUAAAGGCCCAUUCACAAUGAUAACGAUAGAGAUCUAAAAAUCAUUCUAUAUAUAAAAGAAGAGUUCGCACCAAAACUAUAACGAUAAUGGCACUGAGGAACAAUAUCGUUGUAAUCACUUUCAGAACGAUUUUUUUCCAGCUGAUGAACGAUGAAAACAUUGACAGCCAAUCAGAAUCCAUUCUGCUUUAAAGCGCGCGCUUAGAGUGGACCAUUUUCACGGACUGUGAUGACGCGUUUUAACGGUCAUCAGCAUCGUAAAUCUUGCAAAGUUUUUUAUAUUUUCAUUUUUAAAAAUAUGUAUGUAUAUUUAUAACACUUAAUACUUAGUAUUGUAUUACCUUUUCAUCAAAUUACAAAAAACUAGUUAACACUGCUGUUAGGGUGUUUCUAAUACAGCGGCUGUGGGAGUGACGGUAAAGUUGAUAUCUUUCUCUCUUCUGACUGCCGUUAUCAAUCGCUCUCUAUUUUUUUUUUUUUUUUCCUCUUUUUGAAAGUUGUGAAAACAUGAUUGUUGAGAUGAUCUUUUUCUAUUUGAGAAAAUGGGGACACAAAAACCAUAUUUAAUGAAUUUUCUUUUUCACCGCCAUAGAAUUUUACUCAACAAUAACGACUUCCGCUUCUGAGAAACCCGGACAAGUGAAAAGGGUCAGGCUGGUGUUGAUCGUCCUUGGUGUGAACGGUCCUUAUUAUAAUUAUUAUUAUUUUCUCUCUAGAUAGUUUAAAGGAAAACAGUGUAAAAAUAAAUAAGAUUAAAUUAAAACAAAUCUUUUUUAUUUAAAAAACGAUUUAUAUUUAAAAAAAAAAUAAAUAAAAACAUAAAUAAUACUACCAAUACAGUACUAUAGUGAGUAGAAACAAAUCUAAUAAUGUAACAUAAUAGAAACUAAAUAUUUUCCAAAUAAUAUUUUACACAUUUUAUCAUAAAGUGAACUUUAUUUCUCACAUCUUUUUUUUAAAUAGCCAAAAAUAACUUGAUUCGUUUUUUCGUGGGUUGAUUACUGAAACUCAUUAUAGUGAGAUAAACAUAUGAGCUCAUCAUGUUCAACUGUUUAUGUUUUGACGGGAUAUCCCGCGCUGGUGGCUUCUCACAGGGAGUCCCGGGCUGCUGCUGUGUUGUGUUUUUUUGGUUGCUAUGGGCGGGGCCUAACCCUCUUUCUCUCUUAUUUUUAUAACGUCUGCUGGCGUCACGCCGCGGAGAGUUCCGCAUUCCACAGCGCCAAGCGAUAUAUAAACGCGCUGAUGCAACGGGAACAAACGCACAAACAAGCUGAACGGACAAGCAACCGCCAACUCUCAGAACAAAACAACAGCAAUGAUGCCAGGUCAAAUCCCUGAUCCGUUGGUCACAGCCGGGUCUCUUCCCAGCGUCGGUCCGCUGGCCGGCAUCCCCGCCACCACCCUGACAGACCAGCUCAAACUGGCAGAGCUCUACAGCCUCGGUGCGGUUCUGUCUCCUCUCAUCCUGAACCGACACGCCAAGAGACCGUUCGACG